AAUGUUUGAGGGUGCUCGGAAGAACGUUUCUGCGACCAAAAACUUGGGUCACUGUUGGUCAGAACUGGAUUGCUGAGCAAAUCACAUGGGCAUUGAACUUCCAGAGGCCGCAAACCACAAUCUGUCUCUGCUAUCAAAGGCGCAGAGGAUACCUCACAUUCGAAGACUCAACUUUACCUUUGGCGCGUCCAUUGGCGGCCUCAUUCUCGUACCUCUUGCAAUCAAGCACCACAAUAGUAUCACUAUCGGGCCGGCAACUAACCUUGCAAAUACUUGCCAACAACCCUUUGGCAAACUAUCCGCGAUCGCGAACAAUUUGCGAAGUCGAUGUAGAACACUUCUGCUUGAUAAACAUCCACCUUAUCGAGCUGCGUGCGUUGCCGUUCGAAUCUAUCUCCUACCGAUCACCAAAGAAUCAUGUCUGUUCAGAGCGGGGAUAAGGCGCUCAAUGGAGAAUGGGAAAAGAUCUCAGCGAAAACAUUUGAUAUAACAGAGAAUAUGACAUUGGAAUUCCAGGGGAAAUCAUGUAAUAUAUAGACAGUGAAGGGAACGUAGUCGAACAAUUAAGUGAAGUACAUGGACAAGUGUCAAGAGAGGUCAUUGCUGGUUAUCGGUGUUACGUGAUUAGGGCAUGGGUCAAGUUUGAAAGGAAG